UUUCCCAAGGUCUUGCUUUGCUGAAACCAACUUUAACCAUUCUUCUCACAUUACUGUCAAAGCUUUCAUACUCUCUCUCUUUCUCUCUCUCUCUCUCUCUGUAGAACCUCAUUGUUUCUCCCUUAGCUUUCUCUGCAUCACUUGGCAUUCUGGUGAAGAAAGGUAUGCACUGAGACACCGAUCUUUCCAUUCUUCUUAGUUUUUGGGAAAUGCUAGCUCUGUUUUUGUUCAUUUUACUUCUUUGUAACUCUCAAUCUUUAGUGGGUUCUUUGAAUGAUGAAGGACUUGCUCUAUUGUCACUAAAACAUUCCAUUACAGAAGACCCAGAAGGGUCAUUGAACAACUGGAACUACUCUGAUGUAAACCCUUGUUCUUGGAAUGGCAUAACAUGCAAAGACCAGAGAGUUGUCUCUGUUAGCAUUCCAAAGAAGAAACUCUAUGGGUUUAUUGCUCCUUCACUUGGAUCUCUCUCUGAACUCAGGCAUGUAAACUUAAGGAACAAUAAGUUCUUUGGAAGCUUACCUGUUGAGCUCUUUGGAGCUCAGGGGUUGCAAAGCUUGGUUCUUUUAGGAAAUUCCUUAUCUGGGCCUGUCCCUUCUGAGAUUGGGAAGCUCCAAUAUCUUCAAACCCUAGGUUUAGCACAAAAUUUCUUUAAUGGGUCAUUACCCAAAUCAUUAAUUCAGUGCAAGAGAUUGAGAAGUCUUGAUCUCAGUCGAAACAAUUUCACCGGUCCUCUCCCGGAUGGAUUUGGGAUUAAGUUGGUUUCGCUCGGAAUACUGAACCUUUCGUUCAAUAACUUCAGUGGUCCGAUUCCUAAUGACAUUGGGAAUUUGUCUAAUUUGCAAGGAACUGUUGAUUUGUCUCACAAUGUGUUUAGUGGUUCAAUCCCAGCUAGCCUUGGUGAUCUUCCUGAGAAGGUCUAUAUUGACCUCACUUACAACCAUUUGAGUGGUCCUAUACCACAAAAUGGUGCUCUUAUUAACAGAGGACCAACGGCCUUUAUUGGAAACCCUGGUCUUUGUGGCCCUCCUUUGAAAAACCAAUGUUCAUCAGACGAGGGUUUGAGCCCACCUUCCUCGUAUCCUUUCUUGCCAAGUAACUACCCGCCUCAGAAUACUGGCGAUAAAGUGGAAAGAGGGGAAGGAAAAGGGCUUAGUAAACAUGCUGUAAUUGCAAUUAUUGUAUGUGAUGUGGUUGGAAUAUGCCUAAUUGGGCUAUUGUUCUCGUAUUGCUAUUCGAGGGUUUGUCCUUGGAGCAAGAGAAAGGAAGAAAAUGGUUACGGUUUUGAGAAGGGAGGGAAAGGAAGGAGAGAGUGUUUGUGCUUUGGAAAGGAUGAAUCUGAAACUUUAUCAGAAAAUGUGGAGCAGUAUGAUCUUGUACCGUUGGAUACGCAAGUGGCUUUUGAUCUAGAUGAGCUUUUGAAAGCAUCGGCUUUUGUGCUAGGAAAGAGCGGGAUUGGGAUUGUUUAUAAAGUUGUGCUCGAAGAUGGGCUUACAUUGGCCGUGAGAAGAUUGGGAGAAGGAGGCUCUCAGCGGUUUAAAGAAUUUCAAACGGAGGUGGAAGCGAUUGGGAAGCUAAGGCAUCCUAAUAUUGUAAUUCUUAGAGCCUAUUACUGGUCUGUCGACGAGAAGCUGCUCAUCUAUGACUAUAUACCGAAUGGAAACCUUGUAACUGCAAUUCAUGGGAAAGCUGGAAUGGUAUCCUUUACACCUUUACCAUGGCCAGUUCGAUUGAAUAUAAUGACAGGAAUUGCAAAAGGUUUGGUUUAUCUGCACGAGUACAGUCCCAAAAAGUAUGUCCAUGGAGACCUAAAGCCUAGCAAUGUAUUGCUUGGAGCAAACAUGGAGCCCAAAAUCUCUGACUUUGGACUUGGACGGCUUGCUAAUAUAGCCGGAGGAUCCCCAACCCUGCAAUCAAGUCGAAUCAUUUCUGAGAAGCUGCAUCAGAGGCAACAAAGCAAUGUCCCAUCCGAGGUUGGGGCACUCAAUUCGGCUGCAAACUUUGGAUCCUAUUAUCAAGCUCCUGAGGCACUGAAAUUGGUCAAACCAUCACAAAAAUGGGAUGUUUACUCAUAUGGGGCGAUCUUACUAGAAAUGAUUACCGGAAGAACGCCAUUAGUCCAAGUGGGUACCUCAGAAAUGGAUCUCGUUCUCUGGAUUCAACUAUGCAUUGAAGAGAAAAAGCCACUUUCAGACGUUUUGGAUCCGUACUUAGCUGAACAUUUGGAUAAGGAAGAGGAGAUGAUUUCGGUUUUGAAGAUCGCAAUGGCAUGCAUCCAGACUAGUCCUGAAAGGAGACCUACAAUGAGGCAUGUCUCAGAUGCUUUGGAACGACUGGUGGUGUCCAGUGAUUGAAAUAACAACACCUAGCUAUGAAAAAUCUUGUUCUGUCGAUUAAGCGUAAAGUUGUGCUAGAACUGAUGAUCAAGGGCUCAACAAGAUGGAUUAAUUGGACUUUUCAGAGAAAAGGACGAGAACAGGUGACGACAAUAUUUAAGACCAUGAGGUAAGAGGUUGUAACUGUUUUUGUUGUGAACUGGGGUGGUGAUAUGAGCAAGAAUGUCUUCUUCUUGCUUGCUUUUAUUGCCAGAUUGUUUGUCUGUAUGUUGUUUCUGUUAGUAUGCUGAUAAUUAUUUGUUUGUUGUUUUCAAUUUCCAUAACUGUGCUCAGACCUAUUAGCCAGGAAAUAAAUAGUAGCUAGAGAAGUGAUGUAUGAACUA